AUGCCGCUGUUCCCUCGAGUCCUCCGGGAUGCCUCGUUCUCCCAGAUCGCACAUCCAAUGUGGCAGAAAACCCUCCUCCCUCUCCUCCGAGAUCUCGCCUUCCGUCUCAUCUCCCAGCUCAGCCACCUGCUCCAGGCCCCCUUUGCCUUGGACUUGGAUCCAUGCAGGGGACUUAGCGGGUCUCUCUGCUUCUUCCCUUGCCCACCUGCCGAGGUGCCUUUGCAGCUUGACCACAGCUCGAGACCGCGUGGUGAAGGAAGGAAGCCUGUAGGGGGCCCCAGCCCUGUAAGUUUCAGCCGCCGAGCCCUGCAGAAUCCCACCAAUGAGCUGGCCCUGCAGACGCUCAUUCGUUUCUGUGAAAGGACGGUGUUUGACUCUAUGAGCUCCAGUGAGACAGCCUCCGUGUCCAUCUCUUUAUAUGAAAAGACCCAGAAGAAUUUACAGAACUUCCACAAGACUAGAGGAUGA